UCCAGUUCCGUUAUAGCUUCCAUCGCUUUGCAUAUAGGGCAAGCGCAUCAGAUCAAAGAGAAUUAUGCGGAUUCUACGAUACUUGUAGUUCGAGGACGGGCAUUAUCAUCUUACAUGUCAGUAGAGAAGUGAGCGGGAUGUCGGUCAAUAAUCCCUCGGAGCAGACAGGCAUAGGAGAGCCUGGUUCGCUGCAGCGGUCGAGGCCUGGCCUUUGGCGUCGUCCGCCGUUGCCGGGUUUAGCAAAAGGCCGCUCCUGCUUGGAUCUCGAUCGGACUCGCGUGAAAGCACUUGCGCACUUCAACCUGGACGUGCGUAGAACAGACUUGGGCGCAAUCCAUGAAGCAGUCGUCCGCCACCCGUCGUCGCUACCAUGUGCUGACCUGAGAUUACGACACGAGCCGACACCACAUGAUGCCAUCCGAGGCUCAUCUCGAUGAGCUGCCACUCGAGCUCAGAUAUCUGGUCCAACUGGCUGUUGAUGACAAUCGCCCGACUGUGAUACUGGACUCGACCAAAUCACAGUUGACUUACGUCUUCAAGAACCUCGCCUUCCAACAUGCCUUGGCUCAGGCGUCCUCACACGCCCUCGAUGACUGGCUCUCUGCCGAGAUGAGCAGUCCAUGUUCAGCAAAGGCCACACUAGCAGGAGGAUUCGCGAACAGAGAAUGGAUCAAGAAAGAGAUUGGAGCAUCAUAUGUCGUGAUAUACUGCAAGCACGAGUUUGUUUCGCCCCCAGGUGACAGUGGUGAACAUGGCCCCCUCGAUAGUCUGGUCCAUGACUGGAUCAGGUUUCCGGAUCAGGUCCCAACCAAUGCCUGGAUACGUUAUCUACUGGACUACGACUGGAGUAGCACUGCUAUAGGUGCUGUCAGCGGCCCACACAUGUACCAAUGGCCAGCACCACUGCGGGAGAUUAUCAUCAGUUUCAUGCAUUGUCCGAGGCCGCGCAUCAUCUAUUGGGGCCCCGAUCUCAUUCAAUUCUACAAUGAGUCUGCCGCAAAGCUCUUCGGAGCCAGACACCCUGCCUCGUUAGGUAAUACGCAAGCAGAUAUCUGGGGUCAAGAUCUAAAGGAUUACACGGCCGAGCUUAUUAGAAGCAGUUGGGAAGAAGGUCAAUCGGUCUACAACAAGGAAAAAAUGAUUCUACUUGAUCGGGAAGGAUUCCUCGAAGAGUCAUAUUUCGAUUGGUUCUUGCUACCUUUCACCGGAUCCGAUGGUCACUGGAUCUGCUCUGUGAAUUGCUUCAACGAAGUGACACCUCACGUUGCUCGAACCAACAGAGAUGAAGUCACUUACAAGCUUCUCGAAAAGACUACCCGUGCCACUGAUAUCUCUAGUCUUUGGGUUGAGUUCUUGGGUAUUCUGGACGAGGAAGCUGACGAUAUAGCCUAUACCCUUCUUUACACCGUGAACGAGACAAGUACUGCGCCUGGGCGAAAGGAAUACAAGCUUUACGGUUCAUCUGGACUUCGUUCGCAUGCACCAUUCGAAAAUCCAUCUGACGAUAUGAUUCAGGUGUUCGAGCAGGCGCAAGGAGGAGAGACUGUCAUAUCGUUAACAGACACCGACUUCCCGCCGGAGCUUGGAAUUACCAUGCCUGACUCUGGCACAGUCACGUCAGCAUUUGUCUUCACCAUCUUUGAUAUGAAGGGCUUGGCACAAGGUUCUGUUGUCGUGGGCGUGAACCCUCGGCGACGUGCGGAUGAAAACACGAAGCGAUUCGUCUACUCGCUGAGCGAGAUACUGCUCAAAGCGUUCAUCAUAUUGCAGUCUCCAUCCGAUCAAAGGAAGAUCCUACAUGCCGAUGAUAGCCUCAGCUAUCGCAUUCAACUGGAGAAGCUCUCAAGACAAUUGAGUAUCGCAACUCUCAAAAACGAAAAGGAUCAGGAAACAUUCAGCCGCAUGGCAGAAAACGCGCCCAUUGGAAUGUUCCUGUACAAAGGCGAUGGCACACCACUUUACUUGAACGAUCGCUUCCUAGAACUUCUAGGUGAGAAAAGGGAUGAGUAUUUAGAGAAAGCAAAGACAGGAUAUGCCUGGCGAGACUGCAUCCAUCCUGACGACGAAGAAUUCAGCAAAGACGCUUGGAGAGCGGUUGCAGAAUCCCAUCAAGUACUCAACUUCGAAUUUCGUGUCAAAGCAGGCACGGAAUCGUCGCCUAAUCGUGCCCGUUGGCUUGAAGUCGUCUGCUUCCCGCAACGUGAUGAAAACGACGUACUGCAAACCUUCCAAGGCUAUCUGACCGAUGUCACAUCGAGAAAGCUGACCGAAGCUUUGACGACCGAGAGGAUGAAUGCAGCAAUAGAGACGAAAAGAAAGGCGCAGAACUUCAUAGACAUGAUAUCGCACGAAAUGCGCAAUCCACUGAGUAGCAUCAUACAACUGACAGAAUCCGUCAUCUCGAUCUCGCCCGAGACACUACCAGCAGAAAGUUUCGAUACAGUUGCUGACGCGGCGCAUACUAUCAAUAUCUGCGCUUUACACAUGAAAGUCAUCAUAGACGAAGUACUCACGUUCUCCAAACUGGACUCAAACCUCCUAGUGCUAGCUCCGGAAAGGACAAGACCUCGAGAGGUUGUUGAGAAAGCACUCAAGAUGUUCGAAGCCGAGCUCAAAGAUGCUGACAUCGAAACUGGUGUUGAGCAGCUGCAGAGUGACUGCGCCGUUGGCGACGUCCUAUGUGAUCCCAGCAGACUAUUACAGAUCAUCAUCAACCUCAUCACGAACGCUUUGAAGUUUACACGAAAGUCAGACACACGGCGCAUUACACUAGCAUAUGGUUCUUACUUCGCGCCGCCGUCUGCUCAGGAUUGCGAUGUCCAAUUCAUCAAACCCAGGAAGAAAUCCCAGGACGAUUGCGACACAGUAUCGGCAAUGCUUGCUGCUCUAGAUGCGGAUGACGACGCCGACGACGUCUAUCUCAUGUUCAGUGUCACAGAUACUGGCUGUGGACUUACGUCAGAGGAGUCGCAGAUGUUGUUCCAACGCUUCUCUCAAGCACCGAAGACUUACAAACAAUAUGGCGGCUCCGGUCUUGGAUUGUUCAUCAGCCGCGAGCUCGUAGAAUUGCAGAAGGGGCAGAUUGGCCUACAUAGUGAGGCUGGAGUUGGCAGCAAAUUCGCUUUCUUCAUCAAAGCCAAGCGUGUCGUACGCGUGAGUCGUUCUGGUUCCGUGGCUUCUGCCGAGUCGACCGUCAGUGUUAAGAACAUACCGCACCAGUUAGGUGGUGCAUUUGAGACGGUAAAACCCCUUGAGAAGAUUGACACGGUGCCACGGCCGAAGACACUGGUCAAGGAUAUGCAUGUCUUGAUCGUCGAAGACAAUGAGAUCAACUUGAAAGUCAUGUCCAAACAGCUACGCAAACUUGGCUGCGAAAUCGACACAGCAGAGAAUGGUCUGGAAGCUCUCAAUUAUCUGUCUACGACCACGUACCUCUCAAGCACAACCAAAGGCACGCCGCUAAGCAUGAUUCUGCUUGAUAUUGAAAUGCCCGUCAUGGACGGCCUAACAUGUAUACGUCGCAUUCGCUCGCUUGAACAGUCGGGAGAAAUUUCCGGGCACAUACCGGUGAUCGCCAUCACGGCGAAUGCUCGAAACGAACAAAUCGCAACCGCUAUAGAGGCUGGAAUGGACUCAGUGGUCACCAAACCAUUCACUAUCAAAGAUCUGGUGCCGCAGAUGGAGGUCUUGGUUGACACCUGGUCAGGUCAUGGAUGAAGAGCUGUGGUGUCCGAGGUGACUCCAUAGUGCUGAGGGCGGUCUCGGCUCUGUGUAGGCUGAGCGCCGCACUAUAUCCACUCCCGCAUACUGCUUGGCAGUGCUUGCUGUAAAAAGGUGCCAGCCUUCCCCUUUUUUUUAGAGGUGGAGGCUGAGGAAAUUCGUGCAUGCUGACUCCCCGCGAAGCGUUCACCGGUACAAAUUUCUUGGCUAUAUAAGCGCCCAAAUCAUCUAAGCCACAUGAUUGGUUUCAGCAAC